AUGAAGCUUCAGUCGGUGGAGCUUUGUGAGCUUCGGGUGCUAUGGAACAGGGUGUUGUGGAGCUUCUGUGCUGAAUCACCGUUUUCUGCUUCAUCUUCUUCGAGAAAAUCUUCACCCAAUUAUUACCUCAGAAAAAGAAGAAAAUGGCCACUUUCACCGUACAAAGCACAAUGGGAAGACACAUUCGAUCAACAAAAAGCCAUGCAAAUGCUCAAGCAAUCAGCAAAAACAACCUCAACCCAUCUCCUCUCAGCUCUCAUUAAAUCCUUCAAUACCUACAGCUGUGACCCAACUCCUAAAGCUUACCACUUUAUCCUCAAAACCCUAACCCAUAACCCCAAAAGCGAUGAUAAUCAAAUCACCCAACGAGCCAUGGAGCUUUUCUUUAGAUUACCCAGUUUUAGAUGUAGCCCUACUGCGGUUUCUCUUAAUUCUUUACUCUCAGUUCUUUGUAAAAAACAAGAGGGUUUUGAAAUUGUUCCACAAAUCUUGACGAAGAGUCAAUUGAUGAAUAUCCGGAUCGAAGAAUCGAGUUUCUUUAUAUUAAUCAGAGCUCUUUGUAGAACUGGAAAGGUUAACUAUGCAAUUGAGUUGUUGAAUGCUAUAAUAAGUGAGGGGUUUAGUCUUGAUGGAAAGUUUUGUUCUUUGAUACUAUCAGCUAUGUGCGAACAGAAAGAUUCAGUUGGUGUUCAGAUUAUGGGUUUCUUGGAAGAAAUGAGGAAAUUCGGUUAUUGUCCUAACAGAGUUGAUUGGUGCAAUGUGAUUAGGCAUUUGGCGAAAAAAGGGGCGGGUAUGGAUGCUUUGGAUGUUUUGAAUCAGAUGAAAUUGGAUGGAAUUAAACCUGAUAUUGUUUGCUAUACUAUGGUUCUAGAUGGGUUGUUCUUGGAAGGUCAAUCUGCGAAGGCAGAGCAGCUGUUCGAUGAAAUGCUUGUAUUGGGUUUGGUUCCUGAUAUAUAUACUUACAAUGUGUAUAUAAAUGGUUUGUGUAAGCAGAAUAAGAUGGAAGAUGGAAUAAAGAUGCUUGCUUGGAUGGAGGAGUUGGGGUGUAAAUCUGAUUUGAUAACUUAUAAUACGCUCUUGGCGGCACUGUGUCAAAGUGGGAAAUUGAGGAGGGCGAGGGAUGUUGUGAGGGAUAUGGGUUUGAAGGGAAUGCAAUUAAACUCACGAACAUAUGAAAUUAUGAUUCGUGGUGUGAUUAGUAAAGGUGAAAUUGAUGAAGCUUGUGGUUUGUUGGAGGAAAUGAUGGGUAAAGGUUCAAUUCCUCAGUCUUCGACAUUUGAUGAGAUAAUAUGUCGCUUGUGCCAGAGGGGAUUGGUUUCCAGAGCAUUUGAAUUGCUCAAAGUAAUGGUUGGUAAGAAUGGUGCUCCUGGUUUUAGGACAUGGGAAGCCCUUCUCCUUGGAUCUAAAUAUGGUCCAUUUGAGGACAUUGCUUUGAUGGAUUUGGUGAAGCACAUCGAAACUAACUCUUUUUCAGAACGCUAACUUUGGUUGUAAAGUCUGUCAAGAGUUGUAUCAUUGAUUAUCGGUGCAUAUUGCACUCUGGCCUUACAAGUAAACUCUCUGCAUUUUUUGGGGCUAUGGUCGCUAACAUAUGGGAAUGGGGCUGACAGUUAUAUCUCUUGCCAUUUGCUAGUGAAGAGCUGAGACACUA